AGAGAUGACACAGGCUGUCCUCCCUACAGGCUGCGGUGGCUUCAGAGGACAAAAUGGCUCCAGAGCUCUGCACGUGCUGAGACACUUUUGAAAUACAAAGAUGCGGUGUGUUCACAUCAAAAGGCAUCUCCGUUUCAUGGACAGGUACAACUGAAAUGAGCCAAGCAGCACCAGUUGUGCUGGUGUUUUAUGUCCUGUGGACGCUGUCUGCGAGGACAGGCAGAGCCCAGCUGUCCCUGAUGCUGGCCACCCCAUAGCCCUGAGAGUGCAGCCACUUCCAGUUGCUCGUGGUAAGGCCAUAUUUCAAUUAGAUUUAGAAAUGAACUUUACAUCUUUACUGGUUUAGCCAGCUACUUGUUCAAGAGUGACUAUAACUUCCAGUUUUAAACUUCUGUUUGUGCCAUAUUGCACACUGGACAUAGUUGUAUAGUAUCCCUUUUGAAGUCAGGCCAAAUUUGAUACCAUAUAUCCUUUCUAGGCCCCUUAUAGAGAUCAGCAGCUGCUGACUGGGAUAUCCUAGGAACCAUCAGGCAAACUGGAAAAAAAACCCGCCAAAAACCAUCUUGCAAAGAGAAAAGAAAGAAAAAAAUACAAAAGGAAACCCCAAACAUCAAUACCAAGAACAUAAACCCCAGACCUCAGAGGCUGCCUGGCUGCGAGGCAGAAGAAGGCGUGUGCUUCGGCGCUGCUGCCGGCAGGUGGACUCCGAAAGCCCUCAUAGGAGGUGAGCUUCCUGCGGGAGCCAGCAGAUGAGCAAAGCCUGUGGAGGUGCCUCUUCUCCUCGCCCCGAGUCUGCGGCCUCUUGCUCCCCAGCACCGCCCGGGCGAGCAAGAUGAAGUGGAGGAGGAUCGUGAUCUUUGCCAUCCUACAGGCACAGCUCCCCGUUACAGAUGCUGUACCAGUUCUCGGACUGACAGACCCAAGACUCUGCUACGUACUGGAUGGAUUCCUCUUCAUUUACGCAGUCGUCAUGACAGCCCUUUUUGUGAAAGCGAAGCUUAGCCAGGCCUCUGAACCACAGCUGCGACCGGGCCAGGAUGAUGUGUAUAAUAAACUGUCUCAUGGGCACAGAGAUGAAUAUGAUGUUCUGGGGGCAAAGCGCGGUGCAGACCCUGAGCUGGGUGGGAGACACCAGCAGAGAAGAAAGAACCCUCAGGACACCGUCUACACUUCACUGCAGAAGGAGAAGAUGGGCGAGGCAUACAGUGAAAUCGGAAUGAAGGGAGAGCAGCAGAGGCGGCGAGGCAAAGGGAACGAAGGUGUCUACCAGGGACUCAGUGCAGCGACCAAGGACACUUACGAUGCUCUCCAAAUGCAGCCUUUGCCCCCCCGCUAAGUGGGAGUCAUGGAGGGGAUGGGCAAGGGUGAGAGAUGCCCACCUGCUUUGGGGAGGAGAGGAGGGAGAGCCUUUUUCAUCCAGAACAAGCACUGUGUAUUUUCUCAGUGCAACAACCUACUUCGGUUGGUGCACAGAGGGAAUAUGCCUGGACUUGGUCAGUCCCUUCUCCCUUUCCUCUUGAAUCAUGUAACUGCAAGCUUUAGCUAUUAAAAUGUACAUAUCUGUAAAGUUGUUUCCAGUAAUAGUGGUUAUCAAUCAGGCCGAUUUUUGUAAGAUUGGUGUUGUGGGACCAGACCACACCUACUAACAAACACAGCUGUUUCAGUAGCUCUUACUUGCCUUCCAGGGGUAUCGAGACAUGUAAUUAUGGUUUCAUUACAUUUAAAGAACUUGUAAAGAUAGGGCUGUAGUUAUCUCCUGUAGUAUUUAUCUUUAGACUAUUUGACACAGGCCAGCUAAACUUUUUGCUUUAAAUUUACCUCUUAAGAACUGCUUCAGUGGGGGACGACUUUUUUUAAUUGUAAAAAGCGAUGUGAUAGUACAGUAGUGAAGGACAGAGGCUAAAUGCCAGCUUUUCAGUACAAAGAAAACGAGCACUAAGCGCCAACAAAAGACCAAGCAAUGGCAUCGCCGCUCAUCCAGCACCUGGAGCUAAACAAGAGCCAGGGAGCCUGCCUAAAGAGACUUCUCAGAAGGCAGAAGAUACCCCUGUUACAGCGGAAACAAGGAGACUGGACUCUGAUAAAGGGAGUAAUACUGGAAAAGCCAGGAAAACUCACCCUGGAGAAUCCCGUUUGGCUGAAACUUCUGCCCCCUGACAUUAGCAACGUCUACAACUAUCACUGCAGAACAGGCUCCCCUUGUAAGAGUUGGUAUGGUAAUUCUAAUGUCAGAAACAGACCAAAACUAUCACUUCUGGGCAACAGAAACUGUACAAAAAGCCAAUGUAAAUGCGGUUUCCAAACCAGUCUAUCAUCAGGUUACCUUUAAAAGAUGAUGCCGGUAUCAUUCCAGAGAGAUACUAAUUCAGUAAUGUAAUGAUGUAAUGCGUUUUUGAUGAAUUAAUAAAGUCAG